AUGCAGGAUAUGUUUGUUCGCUCUAAAGGGCCUCGCGUAGUGAUCUUGAUUACAACUAAUCAGGUUGAUGAUACCCUUUGCUAUUCUGUAGGCUCUGCUCAUCUAAGCGGAUUGCCCGUGGUAGUGGUGGGGUACAAGAUGAGAUAUCGUGGUUUUCUGUCUAAGUUUGAUUUUGUGACAAGGGCCAUCGAGAAUGCGGAGUUGAAGCCAGAAGACGUGAUCAUUGCAAUGGACUCAGGCACAAUCUUCACGGGUGCAGACCUCAAUCCGUUCCUGGAUCGUUUCAUCGCAGAGUCGGCUGCGUCGCCCGAGGAGCUGGACGCGCUGGCGGUGCGGCAGGGCCGUGCAAUGGCACCAGUUCUGAUUAGUGCAGAGGCUGGCUGCUGGACACCAAAUAUAUAUGAAACAGAGAUUACCUGCAAAAUGGGCUAUGAGUCCGCUUAUCAACAGGUGCGGGAGUACGCCGCGGCACAUCCAGAGCAUGAGCUCAGCUUACCUUUUGACCUAUCACCGCGGCGCCAUCUAAAUGCGGGAUCCGUGAUUGCACGUGUGUGGGCAUAUAAGGAACUGAUAGCGCAUAAGAAUAAGCUAAUGAGAAUGCAAAAAGCACGAUAUUAUGCAAAAUAUGGAUGGUACUGUGAUCAGUCCAUCUACGCAGCGCUCUAUCUGGAUCUCAUAGCAUGGGAAGUCAAGCGUGACGUCUUCUCGAUGCCAAUGGAUGAGCGGCAGGCGGCACGGUCCUGCUAUGGUGUGCGAGCAGGACUUUACGGGAUAGAAUACAACGGUGAACUUUCUGCUCUUCAUACGAUAGCGUUAACGCACCUAUCUGAGCUGCACGAUGAGAAUUGGAGAGAGUACCUGCGAGUGUAUGGCCUUGGGCUCACCCAUUCGCAGGAAUUAACCGAUCUCAAGGGUAUGAAGCGGUUUGUGGACGAUCUUUAUAAGCGAGCCUACACAGCACACGGCGAGAAUAUUUAUACGAGGCUGGCGGUACCCAGGUGGGUUGGAGGGAAGACGGCCACCAGGGAGACCCGCAUUACCCUCACGCCACCACUAUUAGCACUCAAGCCGAAACUCAUAGACACAGUCAACAACAACGCAAUAUGUCGUACGUUCCCAGUGGUUUACCAUAUAGCAGACCUUGAGCAAAAUUUUACGAAGGUCCAAAAAAUGGGUCUCACAUCCUUCGGUCUUAGAUGGUUUGUGCCGAUAGUGCACGAUCCAAAAGCAAAGCUUCGUGCUAUGCAGUAUCUGGCAUCUGCACCUUGGUUUCUAUCAACGCAUAACGCCAUCAUUAAGGGUUUCUACCAUGCCAAAUGUGGCUUUCCGUUUGAAAAAGCUAUCCAACAAGCAGAAGAUCAUUGA